UUGGUCAAGGAGAAGUCAGGUGUGUGAGUCCCGGAGCUGCUGCAGCUGCUGCCGGCGCCCUCAUGAUCCUUCAUUCGAUCAGGGAGUCGCGCUGCAGCUCGGAGCGGAGGAAGAGCCGGCAGAGAAACACACUGACGCUGUGACUUCACCUCCAGCGUCUCUCAGGGACUCUCAGCCUGCUCUCCCCUCUGCGGCCUCGUCCUCCUCUGUGCCGACCAACUUCUGCACCGACAACAACCGAGAACCAUGGCCCAGCAACAACAGAUUAGUCUCCCAGCCAAACUGAUCAAUGGAGGGGUUGCAGGCAUGGUAGGAGUCACCUGUGUGUUCCCAAUCGACCUGGCCAAGACCCGGCUGCAGAACCAGCGCAGCGGGCAGCAGCUCUACAAGAACAUGAUGGAUUGCCUAAUAAAAACAGUUAAAUCCGAAGGCUACUUUGGCAUGUACAGAGGCGCUGCAGUGAAUCUCACAUUGAUAACCCCCGAGAAGGCCAUCAAACUAGCUGCUAACGACUUCUUCCGCCACCGGCUGAGCAAAGAUGGUGGCAGGUUGACGGUGUUCAGGGAGAUGUUGGCAGGAUGCUGUGCAGGAAUGUGCCAGGUCAUUGUCACCACGCCCAUGGAGAUGCUCAAGAUCCAGAUGCAGGAUGCUGGCAGACUAGCGGCCCAGCAGAGGGUGAUGCCCAGUGUAGUAACGACCCUGAAGAUGGGGGGCACCAGCGCUGUUCUGAGCCGUGCCUACAACACCAGCCCUGCAUCUCAGGUCACGCGAGUGUCCGCCACACAGAUCACCAGAGAGCUGCUGAGGACCAAAGGAGUCACAGGACUGUACAGGGGGCUCGGAGCCACGUUGAUGAGGGACAUCCCAUUCUCCGUUGUGUACUUCCCUCUUUUUGCACACCUGCACCAGCUCGGCCAGCGCUCAUCUGAAGACCCGUCCGUGCCCUUCUAUUGGUCCUUCAUGUCUGGCUGCAUGGCCGGAUGCGUCGCUGCUGUGACGGUCAGCCCUUGUGACGUGGUAAAAACGAGGCUGCAAUCGCUCAAAAAAGGAGCAAAUGAGGAAACUUACAAUGGAGUCGUCGACUGUGUCAGAAAGAUCCUGAAGAAGGAGGGACCCACGGCGUUCCUCAAGGGGGCCAGUUGCCGUGCUCUGGUUAUUGCCCCACUCUUUGGCAUUGCCCAGGUUGUUUACUUUGUAGGAGUUGGAGAGUUCCUGCUGGGGUACACCCCCUACAACAUCUACUCUGCAUAAACAAUCUGUUCUCUUAGUUUUUUUUUUUUUUUUCCCUGCCACAUCAUUAAAUGACAGGCAGCCAUGGACCCAGCUCUCUGUUACUGUGUACCUUCUUUAUUGUCUGAGGCUUUCAGAGUGAAACGCCAAGUGGACCACAGAGAUGCCAUUUCUUUUCGAAAUGGUUGUAAAGUACACCUCUUAUAGCAUGCCUAGUUCUGAUUUGAGAGACUGAGGUUGAAACGUGCCUGUCUAUAUGGGCUUCAGUUGAGCUUAUUACAAGGAAAUGAUUGCUUCCUUCACUGGGCGACUUGAUGGCCUGACAUAUAUCAACAUUUCACCCAAGUCAGACUGAACACCAAACCUUUACCCCUGUUUUUGCCAGAUUUAGCCCCCAUCCUUAAAUAUGCCCCCUAUCAGUUACCUUUCGCUGCAACCCUAACCUGUACGUCUUGGUGUCUGCUGUUACGCGGUGCUGCAAAAGGGACCUGACUGUGCCUGGGAGCAUUUACAGAGCAAUAACAGAGGCAGAACAUCGAAACUUGAAUAGCUUUGAUCCUGUUUUAAAGGGUUACAUGUGAAACUGGGCCGUGGACGUUGGCCCCUGUCUAUGUAUAUAUAUAUAUUUUAUUUUUACGCAAACAAAUUAACUUGACUCGAAAUUACUGUCACGUGUUGUCUUUUGAACGUAAUUUGGAAAAGAUCGGGAUUGCUGAAGUGGUUGAACAACACGUCUGGGCUGGCUGUCCGCCGCCAUGCCCUCACCAGGAUCCUAUGUUGUUUUGCUCUCGAAUUGUUUGCCUGCUUACCUACACUGCUUUUACAGUGAGUCACAAGAGCUGUCGCUGACCAUAGUUGCGCACCGGUGUUUAUUUUUCAGGACAAAUGUGGUUGAGGUGUUUGGGUGUUUUUUUUUUUUUUUACUGGGCACUGUGAAUCUUCUGUGGCAGCCUACACAAUCGUUUAUGUAACGUGCAAGCUGAAACUACGCAGCUCAGCGAGGCUUCUCGCGGUCGGUCGGUCCUUCCUCUGUUUGUGACGAGGGUGAUGAACCAGACUGAUGACGGACGGGACUGUAUUAAUGGGAUUCGCAUUUGCUUUUGGGACCAAGUCUUUUCUGGGGGGGGGUGAAAAAAAGUGCAACACGACUGGCGUAUAGCCACUUUCUCUGAGCUGACAGUGGCUGUCUGUGAACGGUCAGAUGUUAGAGAAACAGGAGCCUGCAUGAAUGUGUCAUGUCAGGCAUGUAGGAACAGAGUGCAGGGCUGGGUUGUGCUCUCUCUCUCUCUCUCUCUCUUCUAGAAAAUGUCACCGGUCAAAGUACUUUUGACUGUUUUUCUAAUGUGAAUGAUUCGCCUGUAUUUCUUUCUUUUUCCCCCCCGUAGUUUUCUCAAAGUGAGCAGUUUUAACACUUCGACCUUUUCAAAACUGUUCAAUCAGUUGGAUAUGAUUAUUUAUGAGUUCAUUUUUGGAAUUGCGCAUGUAAAUAAAGAUUUCUUAAUGCUGAAUAAAUAUUUUUAAAUGCAG